GCGUCAAAGGAGGAAGACGCUUUUGCUGCUGCUGCUGAGCAAGGAAUUAAAGGAGUGCAGCUGUGUCUCCCUGCAAACAGCGCCGGAACAUGGUCUUUUCCCCAUUGGAUUGCAUUGAUAGGAUAUGAUAAAGAAGACCCCAAGACUCAUUCGCAUUGGAUUGCCCACCAGCCGUGAUGAGGGACGACUUCUCGGGGGCCCUGGCUGCCAUCGCUGGGUCGGGGGGUCUCUUGAGGAGCAGUGAACCGCUCUCUCUGUCUCCAGUGCUGUCUCCGGCUGCUUCUUUGCUGGAGGAUGCUGCCGACCUUCUGGUGAUGCGCAAGGACUUUGCGGCUGCCCUGGAAAAGUGUGAAAAGGGAUGCCAGAGCCUCGAGGAUGGAGACCCAAACAGCUCUGAGGAACUGAAAUGCUCUUUAAGCAUUGUGGGCAUCCAGGCCCUGGCUGAGAUGGAUCGGUGGAGGGAUGUCCUUCCUUGGAUUCUUCAAUAUUACCAGGACCCUGAGUGUUGGCCUCCUAAAAUCCUAGAGCUGUGCAUCCUUCUGCAUAGCAAAGUGGAAGAACCUCAGGCGAUGCUAGAAAUCGGGAGCGAUUGGCUUCAUUCCUCCACCAACCAGCAUUUGCCCAGUUAUGGCCUCUUGGUCCAGCUGUAUCUCUUCCAUGUGCUGUUGCCACUUGGGCACUUGGCAGAGGCAGAGGGGCUGCUUCAAGGCUGCAAAGCGCUGAGUGAGCAUCAGCAAGCAGAAGCGCAUGAGAGCAUUGAGGAGAAGAAGCAUCAAUGGUUACGGCAACAAGAGGAGUGCCUGGUUCCUGAGGAUCCACCAGAUGUGGCAUGGAAGCAGCACUUGGGCUUGGCAUCCCAAAAGAUGUUGACGGUCUUGGCACAGCUGGGAAGAGUGGUAGGCUCUUUAGCAGGCCAACUCUGUUCAAUUCCCUACAAAAAGACACUCUUGGCUGCUGUCAUGCUGUGCCUCAUCAUAGUGAAACUUGAUCCAGCCUCUCCGACUUCUCUGCCAUUCAUCUAUCGGGUACUUCACCUUUUCCAUCAAGCUCGCUUGGCAGUAUUUUCUUCGCACUGCAGGCCUCCCUUUCAAGACUAAUUGGCUCUGCAAAGAACUGUGAAAAGCCAAGUAUGUUCAAAAUGUUGCAAGGAAGGACAGCACAAGGAGCACAUGAUUUUUUUUCAAGGAUAUAAUGUAAUCUGAUGAUCACCAUGGCUAAAUACAAAUUUUCCUUUCUCGUGA